AUGCUUUAUUGUGAUUUUAUUAAAUGUAGUAUACCUAUAUUAAAAAAAAUUGUAUAUUCUAAAAGAUGUCUUUUCUUCUUUGUUUUUCUUAGAUUAUUUAAUUCUUUAUUUGUUAUAACUUCUUUUUUUCCUGAUGAAUAUGCUCAAUCAAUAGAAAUUUCUCAUUACUGGGUUUUUGGUUAUGGUCAUAUGCCCUGGGAGUGGGAACCUUGUAUAUCUUUAAGAUCAGUUGUUCAUCCCUUUUUAUAUGCAAUAUUAUUUUAUAUUCUGAAAAUUACUAAAUUAGAUUAUCCUGUUUCUGUUAUUUAUGCUCCUAAAAUUUUUCAAGGAAUAUGUGCUGCAUUCUGCGAUUAUGGAUUGCUGAAAUUGAUCAAACUUUGGUAUAUGGUACUAUAUAAAAAUAAUAAAAUUGAAAAUGAUGAUAAUCGAAUCUUUACAAUUUUAAUUUGUUAUUUUUUUUGCUGGUUUUAUAUCUACUGUAUUUGUAGAACAUCAUCUAUUUCAUUUGAAUGUUUAUUUAAUAUAUGGGGUGUCUAUUUUUUAUCAAAAAACUAUUACCCUUUCAUUCUAGAAAACAAAAAUUUAAAUAAUAAUAGUGAUAACUCUAUAAUGAAAAAAAAUUCACAAAUAGUAAAAAUUACCAAUUUAAAGGAGGAAGAAAUGCAAAAAAAGAACGCAAUAAGUGAUUUAAAGAAAAGAAAAGAUAUAACAGAAAUUAAAAAUUCUUCAAGUUGUGAAGAUAAAAAUUAUACUUCAUAUGAUGAUAGCACAAAUAAGAUAUAUGAAAAAAGAAAAAGUAAGGAUCUUAUAAGAAAUGAAAAAUUAUUUAACUGUAACAAAAAUGCUCAUCCCAGUGAUAAUUCAAAAGAAUUAAUUAAAAUAAAACAUUUUCAUGUUAAAAAUUUAUUACUAAGUUUAUUUUUUAGUUCCUUUUGUGUUCUAUUUAGACCAAAUGAAGCAGUGUUUUGGCUAUGCAUAUAUUUUCUUUAUUUUAUAAAAAUAUUUAAUAAUCAAUAUGUAUUAAAUUAUAAAGAAGUCUUUAUUAUUGGAAUUUCAUAUGCUGUUAUAUUUUUAUUUAUUUCUGUAGUGAUAGAUUCGUAUUAUUAUGGGAAAAUAACUUUUUCAUUUUUUAAUUUCUUUUUAUUUAAUUUCGUGAGUGGUCAAAAUUCUUUUUUUGGAAGUCAUUCAUUUCAUUUUUAUUUUUCCUGCGUCAUACCAUCGAUUUAUUUAACUUUAACACCUUUUACUUAUUAUAGUUUUUUUAUUUUUUACAAUAACUUAGCAAAAAAAAAAAUAAAUUUUUUUUACGUAUUAUCAAGAAUAGAUUAUGUUAUAUAUAUUGCAACAUUUCUAGAAGUUUUAUUUCUAUCCUUUAGUACGCAUAAAGAACAUAAACUUGUAAUUGGAUGUGUUCCUUUUUUGUCUAUAUUAACUGGGCUCAUGCUGCAUAAAAUUAAAAUAAGUGUAGAAAAUUCAAAGAAAACAAACAAAAGGAAAAAAUUUUUCUUCUUCUUAAAUAUAAGUUUUUUUCUUCAUUUAUUAUGCAUGUUUUUUUUUAGUCGUAUCCAUAAUAGUUCUCCUGAAAAAGUAUCAGCAUACUUUAGAAAUUUAAAAAUAGAUAAUGAUAAUAAUAUUUCUAUAUUUAUAACAGAUUGCUACGAUAUUCCAUUAUAUUCUCAUAUACACAGAAAAUUUAAAAUUGGAUUUUUGGAUUGCUCUCCUAUGAGAAAAAAUGGUAAGUUUAUAGAUAAUUGGAGAAAAAUUAUAUACGAUGAUAAAUUUGGUAAAACAUUUUAUGAUAUAUUUGAUGUAAAGAAAAAUACUUUUAAUUCCAUUGCUCCAUAUAUAUUUCCAGAAAAAUCAUUUUAUUGGUUUGGAUAUCACAACUUUAAUCCUAAGCAAAAAUUUCAGUUUUCGUAUAAUACUAUAAAUUUUUCUUGUUUAGAUUAUCGUUUUUCAUUUCCUUUAAAUGGGGAUCUCCCUCUUUAUAUAGUUACAAAUUCAUUGAACUUACCAUAUCUAAGAAAAUUUUUAAAAGAAUUUAAUUAUCAUCUUGAAACAAAACCUUUUUUUUCUUACUUUUUAAUAAAUGAAAACAAAAAAUUAGUUAUAAUUAAUCAUUAUAUUUUUAAAAGACAUUUUAUUAAUUAA